GGCCGAACUCCCUCCCUUGCAACCGCCGGCUCUCCCCGCGCCCUCGGGGCUCCGGCGUCCUCUCUCAGCAGCCCUGCUGCUUCCCCCUUGCUGGCUUUCUGCAAAAAAAAGAAAGAGCCACGAAAAUUAGAAACCCUAUUUCUCGGUCUUAAGGAAAUUCAAACCGAAGCAGCGCUGGUGAAGAACGGACAUGCUCGGCACUUGUCUGCAGUUGCUUGUGUUGUUCUACGUUGUUAACCUGCAAAGGAGAUACUGAGACCCUCUUAUUUUCAUCCUUGAAUUCUUCUUGGGUUAUGAUAUAACUGUAAUAAUAAAGCACAAGCUGCGGAAAGAGCACCUGGGAACUGAGCAUGGUAGGAUCUUGAACAAAAGUAGCUGGUAUCGACGAAAAGAGGAAGGGAAGGAAUGGCAUCCCGAGAGAGGCUGUAUGAGCUUUGGAUGCUUUACUGCAGUAAGAAAGAUCCAGAUUACCUGAAGCUCUGGUUGGAUAGUUUUGUUUCUAGCUAUGAACAGUUUCUGGAUGUGGACUUUGAGAAGCUGCCAACUAGGGUGGAUGACAUUCCUCCAGGAAUAUCACUGCUUCCUGAUAACAUUCUUCAGGUCCUUAGGCUACAGCUGCUACAGUGCGUCCAGAAAAUGUCAGAUGGACUAGAAGAGCAGCAGCAGGCUCUGUCACUUUUACUUGUGAAAUUCUUUAUCAUACUUUGCAGAAAUUUGGCUAAUGUGGAGGAGAUUGGGAUGUGUUCAUACAUUAACCAUGUUAUCACCAUGACUACGUUAUACAUUCAACAGUUAAAAAGCAAAACAAAAGAAAAAGAAGUGGCAGAUCAGACCCCCAUAGAAGAAUUUGUGAGACAUGCAUUGGCUUUUUGUGAAAGUCUCUAUGAUCCAUAUCGAAACUGGAGGCACCGAAUUGCAGGACGCUUCCUUAGUACAGUUGAAAGGAGCAGACAGAAGUAUAAACCAGCUUCCCUCACUGUUGAGUUUGUCCCUUUCUUUUACCAAUGCUUUCAAGAAAGUGAACAUCUCAAGGAAAGCCUAAAAUGUUGCUUGCUGCAUCUCUUUGGAGCUAUUGUGGCUGGUGGUCAGCGGAAUGCUCUUCAAGCAGUAUCUCCUGCCACCAUGGAAGUCUUGAUGCGUGUUUUAGCAGACUGUGACAACUGGGAUGAUGGGAGCCCUGAGGAAGUGAGCAGGAAGGCAGAGCUGACUCUGAAGUGCCUGACAGAAGUUGUCCAUAUCCUUCUAACCAGCAGUUCUGACCAGCGACAAGUGGAGACGAGUACAAUAUUGGAGAACUAUUUCAAGUUGCUUAAUUCAGACCAUUCAGCUUUACCUAAUCCAAGGCGAUGCAGGAAGUGGGAGAGCAGGUUCAUAGCACUACAGAUCCAAAUGCUGAAUACCAUCACAGACAUGUUAGACUGCACAGAUAGGCCUGUUCUGCAGGCAAUUUUCCUUAACAGUAACUGCUUUGAGCAUCUCAUUCGACUGUUGCAGAACUGCAAGCUGUUUUUAAAUGCUAACAAUAAAGUGGCAGACAAGAGUGAGAAAGACCUUGCCAACAAAUUACUGACAGAAAUGAAUGAGGACCAGGUGUUUCAGGGACACCUGGACUGCUUGGCAGUGUCAACCAUUCAAGCCCUCACAGCAGUAAUGCACAAGUCUCCAGCUGCUAAGGAGGUCUUCAAGGAGAGGAUUGGUUAUGCACACAUAUAUGAGGUACUAAAAUCCUUGGGUCAGCCCUCACGGGAAUUGCUGGAAGAACUCAUGAAUAUGGCUGUUGAAGGUGACCACAUGGCUGUUGGGAUACUAGGCAUUAGUAAUGUCCAGCCCUUGUUGCUGCUUAUCCAGUGGCUUCCAGAACUAGAAUCACAUGACCUGCAGAUUUUCAUCUCAAAUUGGUUGAGGCGAAUCUGCUGUAUUAACAGACAGAGUCGUGCCACGUGUGUCAAUGCGAACAUGGUCAUCCGUAUCAUUGAGACACUAAAUUCCCAUUCUGCGCUCCAUUGUACUUGUGCAGAGAACCUGAUUGCCCUUCUGGGCUCUUUGGGGAGCCAGUCAAUGGGCUCAGAAGAACUGCUUCAGCUAAUACGGCUCCUGAGGACUGAGGAACCAAAACGAGCUCACCCUUACGUUGUUCCAGUGAUGCGAGCCAUUCUAGCAAUGGCCCGAAAGCAGGGCAUGGCUAGUGCCUUGCAGUAUUUCAACUUGUGUCACAGCAUGGCUGGAAUUGCUGUUCCAUCAAUUCAUAAGUGGCCAGGCUCUGCAUUUUCUUUCAACGCUUGGCUCUGCCUUGACCAGGACCGGGUGGACCCUAGCGCGAAUGGCAAAAGUGGCAAGAGGAAGCAACUCUAUAGCUUUUUUACAGGAAGUGGUAUGGGUUUUGAAGCAUUUAUUACAUGCUCUGGGGUAUUGGUGGUUGCAGUUUGCACAAAGAGAGAAUAUGCAACAGUGAUGCUGCCUGACCAUUGUUUUUUUGACUCUCUCUGGCACAACAUAACUAUUGUUCACAUGCCUGGAAAGAGGCCCUUUGGUCAGAGCCUUGUGUACAUCUACGUCAAUGGACAACAGAAGGUCUCUGCCCCACUUCGAUUCCCUGCCAUGAAUGAAGCAUUUAUUUCUUGCUGCAUUGGCUCAGCUGGUCAAAGAACAACAACUCCUCCUCCAUCUCAGAUACCAGAUCCACCUUUUUCCUCCCCUAUUAUGCCCCACCGGACAUCACUGGGGGGCAUUCUCUCGACAGGAAGUUGGGGUGGGAUGCUUGGAAAACCAGAGCUCAUCACCAAGAUGAUCUCAGCAGGGACUCAGGACAGUGAAUGGGGGUGUCCAACAUCUUUGGAGGGCCAACUUGGAUCAGUUAUUAUCUUUCAUGAAGCACUGCAACCUCCUCAGGUGAAAGCAUUAUAUUUAGCAGGUCCAAACUGUUUAACUCCAUGGAAGUCUCAAGAGGCUGAAGUUGGAGAUCUCCCCGGUAAGGUGCUGCUUCAUUAUACGCCAAAGGCCUGCAGAAACCCAAUUUGUCUUGACCUGUCUUCAAAUCUUUUACAUGGAAGACUAACUGGAAACAAAGUAGUGAACUGGGAUGUCAAGGAUAUGAUCAACUGCAUUGGUGGAGUAAAUGUGCUGUUUCCAUUGCUGGAGCAGAUCAGUUUUCUUGGUGGACAGAUACCUGAGAAGUCUGAAGGUGAAACUCUACCUCCAGAACUAGUCACUCCCGUAGAAGGAGACUGGGUGGUAUUGUCAUCCACAAAGGCAUCAGAAGCGCGCCUGGAGAAGAAUAUUGUUGCAACUUUCAUCUUGAUGAUUAAACACUUUAUUCAGAGACAUCAUGUUAAUCAAGAAAAUCUCAUUCACUCCCAUGGAGUUGCCACCCUAGGAGCCUUGUUACAGAAGGUGCCAAGCAACUUAAUGGAUGUGAAUGUACUGAUGGCUGUACAGUUGUUGAUAGAACAAGUCUCAGUAGAAAAGAAUGUGCAGCUUUUGCAACAGAUGUAUCAACACUUACUUUUUGACUUCAGUAUCUGGAACAGUGGGGACUUCCCCUUCAGAAUUGGGCAUAUACAAUACCUUUCUACAAUCAUUAAAGACAGCAGACGACUCUUCAGAAAGAAAUACGGUGUGCAGUUUCUUCUAGACACCCUCAGGAUUUAUUAUGGGAGUGGCUGUAAAGACAGUGAUUUUGCUCCUGAUGACUUGAGAACAAUACGGACAUCCCUCUAUGGACUGAUCAAAUAUUUCCUGAGCAAAGGUGGAACACAUGAAGAAAUACAGAGCAUUGUAGGAUACAUAGCUGCCACCAGUGAAGAGGAGCCGCUCUGUGGAAUUCUGGAUGUUCUCUUCAGCCUACUUCAUUCCAGCCCAACCCCAGACCAGCUUUUUCUAUUGCUUUUUGAACCAGGGAAUGCUGAUAUUCUUUAUGCUCUGUUAUUGCAUCAAAGAUACUCUGACAGGCUUAGAGAACUUGUGUUCAAGAUUGUGGAAGAGAUGCUGAAAUGUACUAAAGUUUAUGAACGUAGUAAGCACCGUAUGAAACUCAGAGAAGUAGGAUACUCCGGACUGGGGCUCCUUCUGAAUGAAUCGCCAGUUACUGUUUCUCUUAUUAAAAACCUUCUUAACCAAGUUUUGUAUGCAGAUCCUGCUGUGAAUUAUAAAGAUCUCAUAGCUAUAGUGCAUCUGGCUCAUAGAUCAGAUAUAAAUGUGAGAGUGGUUAUCUGCAGAAAGGUUUUGCACCUUUUGCGUUCCCAAUUGGAUGCAGCACAACAGAUUUCUCAGCAACUGGGUUGGCAGGACACUUUGAUUAGACUCUUCCUGAAAGAAAACUCAGAGGUUCGGAUUGACUGUAAAGAGAACAGGGCUGAUUCUUCAAGGGAAGAGGAAAAAAAGCCUCUUGCUGAAGACCUUCAGAAACAUCAACCUGAUAAGACAGAGGGAGACAAAUCUGGCAGCUUUGCAUCUGUUAAUGGUCUGUUUGAUCAGUGGAGUUUAGAAGACAACAAAUCCCUGGAUGUCCCUGCUCAUUUCUCUGUUAUGCCACUGGAAGAUGCCUCCACAGCAGAGAUGUCUUUUAGGUCAGAAGAUCAAGAAGAAUUGUGGCACAGUAAUCCUUCACAUCUGAGCUUAGAUCUGUCCAGUGUUGACUCUUACGAAUUAGCUGACAUUGUGAAUCAGAUGACAGAUAGCCAGCCCAGCACGCCAUCACCUAUAGAGAACACAAAACCAUUCUCUGGGCAGCCUGACAAAGAGCUGGGAGUUACAAAUGAUGUGGGCUUCACUGCUGAGCUUUCUUUUUUUGAAAACCAAGGGGGGGGUGAUAAUGAACUCAUACAGUUACUUACAGACAUCCUGCUAUGUAUAAUGUGGAAAGGCAUUGAAAAAUCUGAUGAUGCUGCUUGGAUUGAGAGAGGACAGGUUUUUUCUGCACUGACCAAACUGGGGAUAUCUAAUGAGUUGCUGCGACCUUCAGAUGAAAUAAAACUAAACUUGCUGGAGAAGAUGUUAGAAUGGUCAGUCACUGAUAACAGAGAUUCCAAAGCUCUCCCUACACAUGCUGAAAAUGCCUUCAAGCUCUUGCUAAUUGUACAAGAUUUCCUGCAGGCAGAAGGACUAGUUAAUUCAAAUUUAUGGACAGAAAAGCUCUUGGAAGAACUAGUGACUCUCAUGGAUAGCCUGUCAGUCUGGUACUCUGCUGGCCUAGAAGCAACUAGACUUUCACAGGUGCAAGUGCAGUUGCUCCUUGGAUUUAUUGCACAAGAUAACUUACAGGUCUGUGCUAUGGCAGCAGCCAAACUAAACACCCUCCUUCAGACGAAAGUAAUUGAGAGUCAGCCUGAAGCAUGCUACCUCUUGGGGAAGCUGGAAGGCAUCUUGAGUAGAUCAAUUGAAGAGAAGACAGAAACUUACUCAUUUUUGAUUCCCCUGGUUCGGACAUUGGUAUCCAAGAUUUAUGAACUUCUCUUCAUGAACCUGCAUCUUCCUUCAUUGCCUCCUACCAAUGGCAGCCCAUCUUUCUUUGAGGAUUUUCAAGAAUACUGCAGCUCUGAUGAGUGGCAAGUUUAUAUUGACAAAUAUAUCAUUCCAAAUAUGAAGCAGUAUGAAGAGAAUUCAUUCAGACAUGAUCAUGAGCAGAUGGCAGUUUAUUGGAAAGAUUGUUAUGAAGCAUUUAUGGUGAACAUGCACAAGCGAGACCGGGAGAGAGGAGAAAGUAAGCUUAAAUUUCAGGAGCAUUUUGUGGAACCAUUUAGGAGAAAGGCUCGACAGGAAAAUCUGCGUUACAACAGUAUGCUAAAGCAACUUAACAGUCAGCACACAGCUACCCUGAGACAGUGGAGAGCAGCCCAGCUUUACUUGCUUUCUGAACGUGGUCCUUGGUCUGAAAUGAAACAGAAUCCUGUUCACUGGAAACUUUCAAAUGUAGAAAAUUUUUCACGUAUGAGACUAAAACUAGUGCAGAACUAUAACUUCAACGCCCAUCAGGAUGCUAGUGACCUGAGAGAUAAUUUAGGUGUGCACCAGACACAGCCCUCUAGUGAGUCUCUGCUUCUGGAGGUGGUGAAGCAGGUGAAAGUGAGUGACUUGGAAGAUGAUGUUCUUGAACUACCAGAAGAAGACACAGCUGCCAGUUCCAAUUUGGAUGAGAAAGAUGAGCAAAGUCAGAAAGAAAAGCUAAUAUUGUCUGAAGACUGUGAACUUGUUACAGUAAUUGAUGUGAUACCUGGCAGGCUGGAGAUCACUACCCAGCACAUCUAUUUCUUUGAUGGUAGCAUUGAAAAAGAAGAAGGGGUAGGUUUUGAUUUUAAAUGGCACCUUUCUCAAAUCCGAGAGAUACAUCUGCGUCGGUACAACUUGAGGAGGUCAGCUUUGGAGAUCUUCCUUACAGAUCAAACCAACUAUUUCCUCAACUUCAAUAAGGAGGUACGAAAUAAAGUAUAUAGUCGAAUAUUGUCAUUACGUUCUCCAAAUAUUUCUGGGACCAGAUCUCCACAGGAACUUUUUAAAGCUUCAGGUUUAAUGCAGAAAUGGGUGAACAGAGAAAUAUCCAACUUUGACUACCUUAUUCAGCUGAACACAAUGGCAGGAAGAACUUAUAAUGACCUUGCUCAAUAUCCUGUGUUCCCCUGGAUUUUACGAGAUUACACUUCAGAAGAUCUGGAUCUGAAUAAUCCUGCAGUCUUUAGGGAUCUGUCCAAACCCAUAGGGGUGGUAAAUGAAAAGAAUGCCAAGGCUGUGAAAGAGAAAUAUGAGAAUUUUGAGGAUCCCCUUGGGAUAAUUGACAAAUUUCACUAUGGGACACAUUAUUCAAAUGCUGCUGGUGUCAUGCAUUACCUCAUUCGGGUAGAACCUUUCACAACACUUCAUAUCCAGCUUCAAAGUGGCAGAUUUGACUGUGCUGACAGGCAGUUCCACUCUAUUCCUGCUACCUGGCAGGCACUCAUGGACAACCCCAAUGAUGUCAAGGAACUUAUCCCAGAGUUCUUUUACUUCCCAGAGUUCCUGGAGAAUCAAAAUGGUUUUAACUUAGGUCAGCUUCAGAUAUCCAAAGACGUGGUAAAUGAUGUUGUUCUCCCCAAAUGGGCCCACUCCCCAGAAGACUUCAUCUAUAAACACAGGAAGGCUCUGGAAUCAGAGUAUGUUUCUGCUCAUCUUCAUGAAUGGAUAGAUUUGAUUUUUGGCUACAAGCAGAGGGGACCAGCUGCAGUGGAGGCACUCAAUGUAUUCUAUUAUUGUACUUACGAAGGGGCUGUGGAUUUGGAUGCUUUAACAGAUGAGAAAGAAAGGAAAGCUUUAGAAGGGAUGAUAAACAAUUUUGGGCAAACUCCAUGUCAGCUGUUAAAGGAGCCUCAUCCGCAAAGGCUUUCAGCAGAAGAGGUAGUGCAAAGACUAACUAAAAGUGAUACCUCUACUCUGAAUCUCUUCCAACACCUCACUGAACUGAAGUCAUUCUUCAUAGAGGGAAUCAGUGAUGGUGUGCCCAUUGUCAAAGCUGUUGUCCCCAGGAAUCAGUCACGUUCCUUUAUUUCUCAGGGAAGCCCAGAGAUCUUGGUAACAGCAAGUCUGAACUGUGUUAUUGGAACUCAUGGUUGGCUACCUUAUGAUAAAAAUAUCUCCAACUAUUUUACAUUUAUCAGAGAUACCACAGUGACAAAUCCCAAAACACAACGUAACAUGAGUGGUCCUUUUGCACCGGGGCUGGAGAUCACCUCUAAGUUGUUUGCAGUUUCCCAUGAUGCAAAACUGCUCUUUAGUGGAGGACACUGGGACAAUAGCAUCAGAGUGACAUCUCUUACAAAAGGCAAGCUGAUUGGACAGCACAUCAGGCACAUGGAUAUUGUGACCUGCUUGGCAAUAGACUACUGUGGAAUUCAUUUAAUUUCAGGCUCCAGAGAUACGACCUGUAUGAUAUGGCAAAUAGUUCAUCAGGGAGGAGUGCCUGUAGGCCUGGCACCUAAGCCAUUACAGAUCCUUUAUGGGCAUACUGAUGAAGUUUCGAGUGUUGGCAUCAGCACUGAACUGGAUAUGGCAGUGUCAGGAUCCAGGGAUGGGACUGUUAUUGUCCGCACUAUUCGGAAAGGUCAGUACGUGAGGACUUUGCGACCACCUUGUGAGAGUUCUCUCCUGCUAACUGUUCCCAAUCUGGCUGUGUCCUGGGAAGGCCAUAUAGUUGUCCACACCAGCAUAGAAGGAAAGACUACUCUUAAGGAUAAGAAUGCAUUACAUCUCUAUUCUGUCAAUGGAAAAUAUCUGGGUUCUGAGACUCUGAAGGAGGAAGUAUCAGAUAUGUGUGUGACUGGCGAGUAUAUCGUGAUGGGCAGCUUACAGGGAUUUCUCUCCAUACGGGAUCUCUACAGCCUGAGUCUGAGCAUCUCCCCCUUAGCCAUGCGACUGCCAAUUCAUUGCAUUUCUGUCACCAAAGAGUAUAGCCAUAUCCUUGUUGGCUUGGAGGACGGCAAGUUGAUUAUCGUUGGUGUUGGCAAGCCAGCAGAGAUGCGCUCAGGUCAGCUUUCCCGAAAGCUGUGGGGAUCAAGCAAACGGCUCAGCCAGAUUUCAUCAGGAGAGACUGAAUAUAACACUCAAGAUUCCAAGUGAUUGCUGCUUCUUCCUUCGCUCAUGGAUUCCAGAAACAUGUUUAUUCUUUUGGUCACUUUAAACGUGUAUCUCAACUUUCAGGGCUUGAUUCUUAAGUCUGUUGAAGAUGAACCUAUGGUAGAGGUAUAGUAAUAAGCAUAUGUAUUCAUGCAAGUUAGUUUGCUUGCAUAUUUUUCCUUAACUGUGUUGACUUGGUCACAGCAGAAUCCUUCUCUAAAUAGCUGCUAAAACUGCAUUUAGAAAAAAAGGAAAGAAGAAAAACAACAAACCAAACCCAAACUCCAAACUGCUUGCUAAUUGAACUUAAGAUAAGUAGCAUUUGAUUUAAAGCUGAAUAGGGUCAGAUGCUCCUUGAUCACAAAGAAGAUACUUGGCUUUGCUUUGAAAGCGUUGUAGUUCCCCAACAGUAAAUUAAAAUUCUGGUGGCUGCAGCCGUCAGAUUCAAAAUCAGGAUAGCUGACAGAUUUGACCUUUUCAGUAUGUUUUUUAGCCCAAUGAACAAUAUGUUGCAAUUUGUUGUAAAUGGCUAUUGCUAUCUUUUGUGUAGUUCCAGUUUUAGGCUGUUCUUCAAGGAACAUCUGUGUUGCACUACUUGAUCAGAAAUUGUUUAGAGUACAGACAUUAGUAACUUCAAAGGAGUUGAAUGUGGUGAAGGAGCUGAAGGAGGUAGGAAAUAGUUGCUGCUGAAAAUUAUUUAUUUUGUUAAGUAGACUAAGACACACAUCAAAAAAUCCCAUAAUAUAUUUACUAUCUUGAAGAAAUACAGAGGAAGAAUCAGUAUCUAUAUUGGUCAAAGACAGAUCUGCUUCAUGAGUAAGGCAACUCCUACAAACAAAAGAUAAAUUUCCACUGUAAAAUCAUUUACACAACAUUGCAGCAGAAUUUAAUUAAAUAGCACCUGUUUGUUUCUUGGCUGGGUGUUCACCAAACCAGGUGUUAGCCAUAUUUUUUUCUUUUUCUGUAAAAACAAGCAGGGAAGCAGAUAAUGUAUCCAUUUUCAAGAUGUGUUUAAGACCUGGGAAAAGAAGAUAUCAGAUCCUUACAUGUUUUAUAUCCAACAAAAUAGUUAUGGAUUAUAUGCUAUAUUUUGGAGAAGCCCUUACUGAAUUUUUUUGGUUUAGUGAUACAGGAUGAUAGAAGGAUGUGUGUUUUCCUAUUGAUCUGACAUUUUUAUAAUGUUAAUGGUUUAAAUGAUAAAGCCCAUGCUCUUAGAAAAGGCUGGUGCUGCGGGAUAAAUACUAAUUUUGGAUUGGUGUGUGAAGGGGGGUGUGUGUGUAUAUAUGUGUGUAUGUUUGUAUAUAUAUAUGUAUAUACAUGUAUGUAUGUCUAUUAAAAGGAGAAAAUACCAUGGGCUUAGGGGAGUACAGAUAUAAGGCAGAGCUAUAAGUGAUUGUUGGCUAGUAUGUUCCCUUUUGGCUACCCCUUUCUUCCCUCUACCAUCACUUUUCGUGUUAUUUUUAUUUAUUUAUGGAAAUGAAUGUUUGUUGUAUCUCCUAUAAAUGUUAUCAGAUAUUCCCUGUGGCUGGGGAGCUGUUGAACUACCUGAAGAAUUCCAUAAUGUAUAAUCUCAUUUCAUUAACUUUUAGCACAAUAUUUAUUAAUUUUGUAGAAAUAGUAAUACCUCCUUACCCCACAAAAGGAUAAUCUUUACAGGUUCUCUUAGUCUCAUUAAAACGGUUUUCUCCUCCUCAAUUUCUUUAUUGGGAAAAAAAAAAUAAAUCCCUCUAACGACUGAUUAGUGUGCUGUGUAAAGAAAGUUGCAUUGCUUUUCCUUCUGUAAAUGUUCACUAGUCUGAUUUACUAUUUCGAGUGGGUCUGUGCAUAGUUGCAAUAUUCUAACUAAUCACUGUGAUAGACUGGGUCAUCGGGAAAGUUAGGAGAAAAGAAUUAUUUCCCUGAGUCACUUGACAAGGGAUCAUUGAAUUUACAAAAGCAGAGCAGUGUUUUUCAGACUCCAUGUAUGUAGAGAAAAAAAAAAAAAAAAAGCCAACCAGAAAACCCAAAACUACCACAGCCCCUAUUUUCAAAUAAGCUAUGGAGGAGUGAAAAAAUACUAUUUAAUCAAUUAUCUAUCUGUUAAGAAUACUAAGGAUACUCUGGAAGUAUUAAAUGUGUAUAUGAGAAUGUGAAGUAUGUUUGUCCGUUAUGAUUUCAUGAAGAAGGGAUUUCAGGGGAGCUCUUUUAAGAGUAGUUAGGAGAAUUUCAGCUCAGAAAGCAAGAUUUUCCUGUGUUGGGGGAAGUUGAAAAAAAUAACUCCUUUGGGACACUGAGUUGAUGGUUUUUAUAAGUAUGCAUAUAUGUUCUAUUUAAAUGCAUAUAUGAGGUUAAAUGUUACAGGAGAAGGGGGCAGUGAAUUAUGAUGUUUUGGGCUAGCAGAAUCCAGUGGAAAAAAUGAGGAAAUAGGUCUUCUGUAGCAUCUGGUGAGAACAUAGUUUUCUUUUUGUCACUUCCACAGAGAGGGUUGCAUAACGGUUUGAAAAUGUCCUUGGGUUAGGUGAGUUUAUACAACAGUUGAAAUAAUGUUUUUAGUAGUUUGAUACUAAAGAAUGCUGAAUACACUGUGUCAGUUUAAUUAAAAUAUAAUGUAGUUGCAAUAACUGGGGAUGAAAGAGUUUAUGGUGAAGAGCUCUGACAUUUGAAUACCAUCAUUUCAGUACAUCACAAGCAUUAGGUGAUCUUCACAAAUAUCUGGGACAGGUUUAAAUGCAUUCUUGGGCUCUCAAACUUGAGGUUAGUUUGUGCUCAGCAUAAAGCAUCAGGAGCAGAAUGAGGAGGGGGACAGGUGAGCUCUGAGCUGCUUCAUGCUCUACACAGAAUGGCAACAUGUUAGCUUUUGGUCUCUUACCUGGUCCUGGAGGAUGGGAGCUCUACACCAUCACAUGCUUAGCAUUCUUGCUAGAGGCUCUCUGGAAAGACCCCCAUAUGUUUGAAGGUCUGCACUUUGCCUUUACCUAAAACCAGCUUUAAAUAAAAGAUAUAGCUUGUACGCUUGAGCAUUAGCUGGUAUGUUGUUUCUAUUGGUUUUAACUUAUUUGUGUAAGUUUUUAAAAGGAGAAAAUAAUUUUUCUGAUCAGCUGUUUAGGUUGGUUGAAUUGUAGUCUCUUAUGCAAUGAACUGUGAAUUACUGAACUGACUUUCAUAAUUCUUUGAUUUCCUCAAGUCAAUAAAGCUUAGGAUCACCUUUUGUUUUUCACAUAGUAUUGGUGAAAUAAAAUUUCCCUUUGUUUUUGAACUAAGAUUUCUCUAUAGGAAGUAAAGCUGUGAGAUGAAAGAAUUCUGAUUAGAAAUUCUGAAUAAACAAGUCUUAAGUGACAAUUGAUUCGUAAAACUACAUUUGUCAAGAUCAUCUUGGUGGUAUCUUUUAAUUUUUGGAACAACCCUAAUGAUACUUAUUGAAGUUUAAGAUAUGUGUACCUUUGAAGCUGAGUAAGUAAGUAGAAGUGUAAAUUAUAUAUAUCUAAAAGAAACUGAAAACUGACUAUAUCUUUUUUAACCUGUAUAUAAAUGAGAUCAAGUAGUUAGCAGUAUUGAGUACCUUCUCUGUAGCACAGUUUUGAACUUGCAUACCAAAGGACAAUAUUUAGAAGACAUCUCUCCUUUAUUUCAAGUAAAAUGUUUUUUAGAUUUCUCUUUAUCAAUUUACUUAUAAUUACUGGUAGUGUUUUUAGUUGUCUUUUUAUCUAUAGUGAAGAAUCUCAUCUAGUCUGUGCAGUUCUUGUACUAUAUGAACAUUCAGAAAGUGAAAUGUUUGCUGUUCAAGUUAGCAUCUGACUCAUGUGAAUUAUUCUACAUGAAUAUACUUGUUAGCUAAUACUGGCUCAUAGGUUAUCUAGAAACCACAACUUCUGUCAUCCAUGUACCUUACCAGCACAAAAUAAUGAUCCCAAUCUUAAACUAACUGCAAUUCUCCUAAUGGUUAAUACACAUUGUGCAAAUCAGGUUUUAGGAAGAUUCUUUGAUUUAAAAAGAAAA